ACACACCAAACUCCUCGCUUCUAACAAACCGUUUUUCUGCACCUACAGCGAACAGAUACCUACAAGUUUCGGUAGCCAUGUCUGACAGCAACAAGAACUCCAACGUCGCUAACCGAGUGACCGAGGAAAUCAACUCUGGAAUUGACCAGUUCUUCGAUGCACGCAUCGCCAAUCGAACGGAUAAUGAGAUUCGUGCUGCCAUUGACGAUUUUGAACGCAAACAAGCUGCCAACAGGACCCACAAGGAAACCAACACCGGAAGUGACAAAUUUAUGUCUCAGAAUAUCGCUGGCAAGGCCGACCGCGAGACCAACGCAGCCAUGGACUCGGCUGGCAGCAAGAGAGGGCGUAUUUAG